AUUUGUUUGGCUGACUGCACCCUAACCCCACUUUACUGGCACUUGAAAAAUGUGACGUUUAUCGACAUUUCACAAUAUUUUUUCACUCUUACUUCGCCACAAACUUAUCAAAAUGACAAAUUCCCCGGGACCAAGCACCUCAACGACCGUCAAGACAACCGACCCUGACCUUAAGAAGAAAAAACGCACGCGUCGGAAGCCCCGCACCCGCUCCAAGAAAGACACUGACUCGCCCCCCGACGUCGACCUGCUGCCUCUACUGCCAACUUUCCACAUUCAACCGGUCGGCAGCCCCCAUGCCACUGUCUACAAACUGCGAGACCAGUCCCAAGGCCCCAUCAACUUACAGUCUUUGCUCAAGUGCAGUUUAUUUCACACGAGAGUGCCAAGCUGUGACCCCAACUCGGCCCUAAACCUCUUACAGAAAAUUUCCAAUUUGGCUGUUAAUGGAAUUCGCGAAGCUAGUUCCUCGAAAAAGAAGAAAGGGAAGCGGAAAGAACGUGUUUUUUUCCCGGAGUAUUUAAGCGAGGCGGAGGUCGAGUCCGGGCUGGAAACAAGGGAGUUGAUGAAGGGUUAUAUUAGGAUUAACCCCAAAAAUGCGAAAGAAAGUUAUGUGGGAAAUGAGGAUGUUUCCAAGACGGAUUAUAUGAUUACGUCCGUUUUGGACCGGAACCGGGCCUUUGACGGCGACGAGGUCGUUUUGAGGCUCAAAACAGAAACGGAAGAUAAGAAAAAGACCAUGGAGGUUGUUUACAUCACAAAGAAGAUUCACCCCCGGACCGCUGUUGGUUUCCUUGCCCCCAUUGAAAAGAAUAAAGAGUACGCCCUGUUCACCCCACGCGACAAACGCAUCCCGAAAAUCAAAAUUCCGAGAAUAAGUUGGCCAAGUGGUUUCCAAUCCAAACCCCAACUAUACCAAGACAUUCUUUUCAUCGUUAAAAUAACGGAUUGGAAAGACGUAAAGUAUGCCAUAGGCACGAUUACCGAGAAUUUGGGUUUGAGUGGUGAUCUCAAAAUCGAGUCUUUGGCGAUUUUGCGCGAAUUUUGUCUCGAUCCGACUCCGUUCGGUGACGAUAUCAGGCCAUUCCUGCCAAAAAGUUCGAAAAUUUCAACAAGUGACUUAAAAAAUCGUGAGGAUUUACGCAAAGAGUGUGUUUUUACGAUUGAUCCAAUCACAGCACGCGAUUUGGACGAUGCUUUGUCGUGCAAGGAGUUGCCAAAUGGGAAUUACGAAGUUGGCGUUCACAUUUCCGAUGCUUCGUUUUUCCUUCCGGAAAACACGCGACUGGACGAAAUUGUGAAAAGCAAAGCUACUACGAUCUACAUGGUUGACAGUGUGUAUCACAUGCUUCCGGUGGAGUUGUGCUUCCAUUGUUCGCUACUUCCGGGUGAAGAUAAACUCGCAUUUAGUGUUUUUUGGGAGUUGACACCGACUGGUGAUAUAGUCGAUUUUCGGAUCAAGCGAUCAGUGAUCAAUUCAUGUGUUCAACUAGCCUACGAGCAUGCGCAAGUCAUGAUUGAUGAUCCGGACCGGAAGUUUGAACGAGACGAGCUUCCGGAGAUUUACAACGGGUUUAAUGCACAUGAUCUCAGUAAGCGGGUCAAUGAUUUGCAAAGGAUUGCCGUUUGUUUGAGGGAGAAACGGAGGCAAAAUGGGUCGUUGAAAAUUGAUCAAAUUAAAAUUGGUUUCGUGCUGGAUCCAGCAACCGGAGAACCGAAAGAGUUUUACAUUUGUGAAAAUAAACCAGCGCAUAGAUUAAUAGAGGAGUUUAUGCUUUUGGCCAACAUGACCGUGGCCAAGUGGAUAAAUGAGGCCUACCCGGACCUGGCCUUUCUGAGACUUCACGAGGCGCCCAAGCCGACCAUGAUGACCGAGCUCCAAAAAAGCCUCGAAACCCUGGGCCUCCACAUCGACAUCUCCACUUCGGGGGGCAUCCAAGCCUCCUUGAACAAGUACAUCAGUGAGGACGAUUUUGGCAAAGCCCGCAUGAUCGUCCUCAACCACCUCCUGGCCAAGCCUAUGAAGAGGGCGCGAUAUUUUUGUGCCGGUGCCCUUGAGGAGGAGCUCGAUUACAGUCAUUACGCCCUCAGUAUACCCAUCUACACCCACUUUACGUCACCAAUCCGUCGAUAUGCUGACAUAAUGGUGCACAGACUGCUCGCAGCGAGUUUAAACUAUCGAGAGAAACCCACUUGGGCGCCUGAGGAGGUGGCAACGAUUGCCGAAACGUGUAACCGGCAGAAAUAUCACGCCAAGCGGGCCGGGGAGGCUAGUAGUGACCUGUUUUUGGCCCAUUUUGUCGAAAAGAAUCAACCAGUGAUUGAAAAUGCAGUGGUUGUGGAUGCGAAAGAAAGGUCUAUUGAUGUUAUUGUGAUUAGGACGGGAAGUGUUGUCAGGAUUUAUACAAAUAAUUUUGGGGAUAAAGUUACGUGGAAAAGUGAGGAAAUUAAAGUAAGGAAAAGUUCAAGCGAUGAGGAAACUGCGAAGAAGAUGUGGAAGAUUUUUGUUAAAUUUCCAAGGACUGUCGAGGAACCGGAAGUUUGCAUCGUUUUGGAAAUUUUUACGUUGGUGAGAGUCGAAUUGGCACGGAAGCACAAAACGAACAAAUUGGACGCGAAAUUGUUGAGGCCGAUACAACUCGUGUAAGGCGAGUUCAAAGCAAUUAAAAAAAAAAUUAAAAUAAACGAACUGUUAAAAA